AUGUCGUCGCACAAUGCCGCGGUCUAUGAAGAUCAGGGCGUGACCCUCUGGGCUGUGAAUAGUGUCUUCAUUGCGCUAGCUAUCGUGGCUGUCAUCGGAAGAUUCUAUGCGAGAAAGUUGCGGAAGCUAUGUCUCGGCGUCGAUGACUGGGCAAUAUUUAUGGCUCUGCUCUUCGACGUGGUCCUAUACGGCACGUUCGCCGCAUGUCGAAAACAUGGUCUAGGAAAGCAUCGAGAUAUCGUCCCCGAGCCCGAAGUAAUACGGAUGAAGGAGUUUCUAUACGUCUUCUUUAUCUUUUAUCUUCUCGCUCCCCCAGCCGUGAAGCUGUGUCUUCUAACUCUCUACAAACGAAUAUUCGUCUCCUCACGCUUCCUGAUUUUGGUGUACUGUAUGGUCAUCACCAUCUCAGUUUGGGCAACCAUUACGGUUAUUAUGGGUAUAUUUUUAUGCAACCCCGUUAGUGCUUUCUGGACCGAAAAUGGGCAAUGCAUGUCCCUUGAAACGCUUUCUCUCGGAUACGGCGUCGUGAAUAUAGUUACCUCUCUGGUAGUCUGGAUGAUGCCGAUUCCGAACAUGUGGAGGUUACAGCUACCGAUGGCACAAAAGAUUGCUUUAACUUUCACAUUUGCAUUGGGCCUUUUUGACGUAGUUGUCGCCAUCGUCCGUCUAAUUUCCCUCAUGGCAGCCUUCGGCCAUUGGGACCUCACAUACGACUAUGCGCAGGGAUUUAUGUGGUCAAUUAUUGAAGUCUCGGUCGGAAUCAUUUGUACCUGUCUCCCCACGAUGUUCAUUAUCUUGCGGACGGCCUUGAACGGGAGAUUAGGUCGGAUGCUGGGGCUCCCAAGCUCAACGCCUCGUCGACAGACCUCAGGUCUGCGGGCGUGGAAUCGGUCUGAGGAAUACGAUGAGAUCUUAAGUUCCUGGAUGAUUCGCGAUGGAGGAGUUCAUCAACAUAACAGUGAUGUUACGGCGGGGAGUGCUACGAUAAUGAAAACGGAAUCGCUGGAACGAGAGGCAGGAGAGAGUGGGAUUCGUGUUCUAGAGGAGGUCAAGGUUGAACUACAAGAGAUGAAGCCUGCUGUCUAUAUUGCAAGAAAUAGAUGA